AUGGCUGGAACAAAUCACUGUGGAAAAGUGAUCAUCUUUCUUCUUGGACUCAGUUUUUGGUUGCUGAUUCUCGGUGCUGUUUUAGUCCAUGGAUGCGCUGAAGACCUGGUCGAAAAGUUGCCGGGUCAACCUUUUGUUCCUUUCAAGCAAUAUGCUGGUUACGUUGAUGUAGACAAGCAGGCUGGCAGGAGUUUGUUCUACUAUUUUGCUGAAGCAGAGAAGCAUGCUAAUCAUAAGCCCCUUACUCUCUGGUUAAAUGGAGGUCCGGGAUGUUCUUCUGUUGGUGGAGGAGCUUUUACGGAGUUAGGCCCCUUCUUUCCCACGGGCGAUGGUCGAGGUCUUCGCAGGAACAAGAAGUCCUGGAACAGAGUUUCGAAUCUCCUGUUUGUGGAAUCUCCGGUCGGAGUUGGGUGGUCAUACUCAAAUACAUCAUCUGAUUACCAACGUGGAGAUGAUGAUACUGCUGAAGAUACUGUUAAAUUUUUGCUGGGAUGGUUUGAAAAGUUCCCUCUUUACAAAUCUCGCCCCUUGUUUCUCACUGGUGAAAGCUACGCAGGACAUUAUAUUCCACAGUUAACAAAUCAUCUGCUGGAGUAUAAUGAGAAAUCUAACGGGUUUAAGUUCAACAUCAAAGGAGUGGCGAUUGGGAACCCACUGCUGAGGCUUGAUAAGGAUUCGCUUUCAGUUUUUGAAUAUUACUGGUCACACGGGAUGAUGUCCGAUGAACUUUGGGAUCAAGUGAGCCGGGAUUGCGACUUUAACGAUUAUACCUUCACAGGUGAUCAUAAUCAAACUAGCCAAUGUAACGAGGUUAUGAACAAAGCCUACCAAGUGAUCAGCGACUAUGUUGAUCCUUACGACGUGUUCAUUGAUGUUUGCUACGACAAUAUUGCCGCGCAAGAACUUAGAUUGCGAAAACUCGUGACUAAGAAAAGUGUGGGAGUGGAUGUAUGCAUGACUAUAGAAAGGAAAUUCUAUUUCCAGCUUCCCGAAGUUCAGAAGGCUCUUCAUGCUAACAGGACUAACAUCCCUUACCCUUGGUCCAUGUGCAGCUCUAAUGGGGUAUUGGACUACAAUUCCACUGAUGCUAACAGAGAUAUGAUUCCAUUACUCAAGAGUAUAAUUGAACACAAGAUACCCCUCUUGGUUUACAGUGGAGAUCAAGAUUCAGUGGUGCCAUUGAUUGGAACAAGGACACUGAUGCGGGAAUUAGCUAAAGAUCUCAAUCUGAAAAUCGCAGUUGAUUAUCGAACCUGGUUUCACAAAGAUCAAGUUGGAGGAUGGCAAAUAAAAUAUGGAGAUUAUUUGACAUUUGCGACAGUAAGAGGAGCUGGACAUAUGGUACCAUAUUCACAGCCAGCUAGGGCCUUGGAGCUUUUCGGUUCCUUUGUCCGUGGCAAGAUCUUGGCUAACUCAAGCAGCAUCCAUGAGCCAAAUGAUUGA